CACGGCUCUCCGUACAUGCCCAGCCUCUAGAUGAGCUGCAUGCUACAGGGCUUACGGUAAUUACGGCCAGAGCCUCGGUCUGCUAUAGAUAUGCAACAGCGAGGGCUGCGCUGACUCCGCUGCAACUUCAAUUGCAAUAUCGCCUGGAGACAGCAGGAGGAUGUCCACUCCAGACCCUCCGUUAGGUGGGACCCCCCGGCCCGGACCGUCCCCUGGUCCAGGGCCAUCUCCUGGAGCGAUGCUGGGCCCAGGACCCUCCCCUGGAUCCUCCCACAGCAUGAUGGGCCCGAGCCCCGGACCCCCAACCACAUCUGGACAUUCUCUGCCUCAGCAAGGACCAUCUGGAUACACACAGCAGGAGAGCAUGCACCAAAUGCACAAACCUCUGGAGGGCCUGCAUGAGAAGAACAUGGGAGAAGACUCACGCUUUGGUCAGAUGAAAGGAGUGCCCAUGAGAGCUGGAGCACAUGCUGGUAUGGGACCACCACCAAGCCCUAUGGACCAGCACUCGCAAGGCUACCCCUCUCCUUUAGGCUCCUCUGAUCACGUCUCCAGCCCUCUCCCGGCAGGAGCUCCGCCCUCCGGCCCCCUCCUGUCCUCUUCUGGACCCUCCUCUGCCCCACUAGAAGGCACCGACUCCCAGCAGAACCGCCCUGGAGGAGGUUCAAAUUCGGGUAGCAGCACCCCAGGCUCCUCCACCAACCCCACACCCUUCAACCAGAACCAGCUCCACCAGCUGAGGGCGCAGAUCAUGGCCUAUAAGAUGCUGGCACGUGGGCAGCCCCUCCCGGACCACCUGCAGAUGGCAGUGCAGGGCAAGCGGCCCAUGCCGGGUAUGCAGCAGGGCCAGACCAUGCCAAGUCUUCCCCCUGGUGGAGGAGGGGGGCCUAGCACGGGCCCGGGACCCCUGGGCCCCAACUACAACAGAGGGCAUGUGUGUGCCGGCUGCUCCGCAGGGAUGACUGGACCCAACAUGCCUCCACCCGGCCCGUCUGGUGUCCCACCCGGCAUGCAGGGCCCCCCUGCCAACGGACCACCAAAAACCUGGCCUGAGGGUCCCAUGGUGAAUGCAGCCACUCCCUCCAAUGCUCCUCAGAAGCUGAUUCCCCCUCAGCCCACAGGCCGCCCAUCUCCUGCGCCACCCUCUGUGCCCUCUGCUGCCUCUCCAGUCAUGCCCCCUCAGACCCAGUCGCCUGGACACCCGGGCCACCCAGCCCAGCCCACGCCCAUGAUCCCCCUGCAUCAGAAACAAAACCGCAUCACUCCCAUCCAGAAACCCUGCGGGCUGGACCCUGUGGAGAUCCUUCAGGAGAGAGAGUACAGGCUUGAGGCACGCAUUACACACCGAAUCCAGGAGUUGGAGAAUCUUCCGGGCUCUUUAGCAGGAGAUCUGCGCACAAAGGCUACGAUAGAACUUAAAGCACUCAGACUGCUGAACUUCCAGAGACAGCUGCGUCAGGAGGUGGUGGUGUGCAUGCGGCGUGAGACGGCUCUGGAAACGGCCCUGGAUGCUAAGGCCUAUAAGAGAAGUAAGAGGCAGUCACUCCGGGAGGCUCGCAUCACAGAGAAACUGGAGAAGCAGCAGAAGAUUGAACAAGAGCGCAAACGACGACAGAAGCACCAGGAAUAUCUGAACAGCAUCCUCCAGCAUGCCAAGGACUUUAAGGAGUAUCAUCGUUCCAUCACUGGAAAGAUCCAAAAGCUGACCAAAGCUGUUGCAACGUACCAUGCCAACACUGAGAGGGAGCAGAAGAAGGAGAAUGAACGCAUCGAGAAAGAGAGAAUGAGGAGACUGAUGGCUGAGGAUGAGGAGGGCUACAGGAAGCUGAUUGAUCAGAAGAAGGACAAGCGGCUGGCCUACCUGCUGCAGCAGACUGACGAGUAUGUGGCCAACCUCACUGAGCUGGUGCGUGCCCACAAAGCUGCACAGGCCCUCAAAGAGAAGAAGAAGAAGAAAAAGAAGAAGAAGAAGCUGGAGAACGCAGAGGGGCAGCCGGUGGCACUGGGGCCAGAUGGAGAGCCACUGGAUGAGACAAGUCAGAUGAGUGACCUGCCAGUGAAGGUGAUCCAUGUGGACAGUGGGAAAAUCCUGACUGGAGUAGACGCUCCCAAAGCUGGACAGUUGGAGACCUGGCUGGAGAUGAACCCGGGAUAUGAGGUGGCUCCAAGAUCAGAUAGUGAGGACACAGGGUCAGAGGAGGAAGAGGAGGAAGAGGAGGAGCUGCAGCCAUCACAGGCUCCUGUAGAGGAGAAGAAGAAGAUUCCAGAUCCCGACAGUGAGGAUGUAUCAGAAGUGGACGCCCGGCACAUCAUUGAACACGCUAAACAGGAUGUGGAUGACGAGUACGGUGGGGCUGCAUUCGCGCGGGGUCUGCAGUCGUAUUACGCAGUCGCUCAUGCAGUCACAGAAAGAGUGGACAAGCAGUCUUCACUGCUGAUCAACGGUCAGCUCAAACAGUAUCAGAUUAAGGGUUUGGAGUGGCUGGUAUCUCUGUACAAUAAUAAUCUAAACGGAAUUCUAGCUGAUGAAAUGGGAUUAGGGAAAACCAUCCAGACGAUCGCACUCAUCACCUACCUCAUGGAGUACAAACGCCUCAAUGGUCCCUAUCUCAUCAUUGUGCCCCUCUCAACUCUCUCUAACUGGGUAUACGAGUUCGACAAAUGGGCGCCAUCUGUGGUAAAAGUCUCUUACAAGGGAUCACCUGCAGCCAGACGAGCUUUCGUGCCUCAACUCCGCAGCGGCAAGUUCAACGUUCUUCUCACCACUUACGAAUACAUCAUCAAAGACAAGCAAGUGCUGGCCAAGAUUCGCUGGAAGUACAUGAUCGUAGACGAGGGUCACCGAAUGAAGAACCACCACUGUAAGUUGACCCAGGUGCUGAACACACACUACCUGGCCCCCAGACGAGUGCUCCUGACAGGCACCCCGCUGCAGAACAAGCUGCCUGAGCUGUGGGCCCUGCUCAACUUCCUGCUGCCCACCAUCUUCAAAAGCUGCAGCACCUUUGAACAGUGGUUCAAUGCCCCCUUUGCAAUGACUGGAGAGAAGGUGGAUCUGAAUGAGGAGGAGACUAUACUGAUUAUCCGGCGUCUGCACAAGGUGCUCCGCCCUUUCCUGUUGCGCCGGCUUAAGAAGGAAGUGGAAGCCCAAUUACCUGAGAAGGUGGAGUAUGUGAUAAAGUGUGACAUGUCAGCACUUCAGAGGGUUCUCUACAGACACAUGCAGGCCAAAGGUGUUCUGCUUACAGACGGAUCCGAAAAAGACAAGAAGGGUAAAGGUGGCACUAAAACUCUGAUGAACACCAUCAUGCAGUUGCGGAAAAUAUGUAAUCAUCCCUACAUGUUCCAGCAGAUUGAGGAGUCCUUUUCAGAGCACCUGGGAUUCUCGGGUGGUAUAGUGCAAGGUGCUGACCUGUAUCGAGCAUCUGGGAAGUUUGAGGUGCUGGAUCGGAUCCUGCCCAAACUCAGAGCAACCAAUCACAAAGUGCUGCUCUUCUGUCAGAUGACCACGCUGAUGACCAUCAUGGAGGACUACUUUGCUUACCGCAACUUUAAAUACCUCCGUCUGGAUGGGACCACUAAAGCAGAGGAUCGGGGCAUGCUGCUGAAAACAUUUAAUGACCCUGAAUCCCAGUAUUUCAUCUUCCUUCUGAGCACCAGGGCCGGGGGGCUGGGCCUUAACUUGCAGAGUGCUGACACAGUGGUCAUCUUUGACAGUGACUGGAAUCCUCACCAGGACCUGCAGGCGCAGGACCGUGCUCACCGCAUCGGUCAGCAGAACGAGGUGCGGGUGCUGCGCUUGUGCACUGUGAACAGUGUGGAGGAGAAAAUCCUCGCUGCUGCCAAAUACAAGCUCAACGUGGAUCAGAAGGUCAUCCAAGCCGGCAUGUUUGACCAGAAGUCGUCCAGCCAUGAGCGCCGUGCCUUCCUACAGGCCAUCCUGGAGCAUGAGGAGCAGGAUGAGGAGGAGGACGAGGUUCCAGAUGAUGAGACUGUAAAUCAGAUGAUUGCAAGGAGUGAAGAGGAGUUUGAUCACUUUAUGCGGAUGGAUCUGGACCGCCGGCGGGAGGAGGCGCGGAAUCCGAAGCGCAAGCCUCGUCUGAUGGAGGAGGACGAGCUGCCCACCUGGAUCAUGAAGGACGAUGCCGAGGUGGAGCGGCUGACCUGUGAGGAGGAGGAGGAGAAGAUGUUUGGCCGUGGAUCUCGCCAGAGGAAAGAGGUCGACUACAGCGACUCGCUCACUGAGAAACAGUGGCUUAAGGCUAUAGAGGAGGGCACCCUGGAGGAGAUUGAGGAGGAAGUGCGCCAUAAGAAGACCACGCGAAAGAGGAAGAGAGAUCGUGACCUGGACGCAGGCCCGUCCACCUCCGGCACCCGCAGCGGGAGGGACAAAGACGAGGAGAGUAAAAGACAGAAAAAACGUGGACGUCCCCCUGCAGAGAAACUAACCCCCAACCCUCCAGCCCUCACAAAAAAGAUGAAGAAGAUUGUGGAUGCCAUGAUUAAAUACAAAGAGAGCAGUAAUGGCCGCCAGCUUAGCGAGGUGUUCAUCCAGCUGCCGUCUCGCAAAGAGCUGCCGGAGUAUUACGAGCUGAUCCGCAAACCUGUCGACUUCCGCAAAAUCAAGGAGCGAAUCCGUAGUCAUCGCUAUCGCAGUUUGAAUGAUUUGGAGAGGGAUGUAAUGCUGCUGUGUCAGAAUGCUCAGACCUUUAACCUGGAGGGCUCUCUGAUUUACGAGGACUCCAUCGUGCUGCAGUCUGUGUUCACCAGCCUGCGGCAGAAGAUUGAGAAGGAGGAGGAGAGCGAGGGAGAGGAGAGUGAGGAAGAGGAGGAGGAGCAGGAUGAAGGCUCUGAAUCUGAGUCUCGCUCUGUGAAGGUGAAGAUCAAACUGGGCCGGAAGGAGCGCAGUGUGGAAAGGGGAAAAGGCAGGAGGAGGGGCGGGAGGACCAGAGCCAAGCCUGUGGUCAGUGACGAUGAUACUGAGGAAGAGCAAGAAGAGGAACGCUCCAACAGUGCCAGUGAAGAAGAGCAGGGAUGAAGAAACUAUCCUGCAUAAAAUACAUGUCUCCUACCAGGUUCAAAAGUUUAAAGCCUCAAUCAGGAUGUUUCUAGGCCCAAAGAAUCAUCAAAUCAAAUCAAAUUUAUUUGUAUAGCGCUUUUUACAACUGGUGUUGGCACAAAGCCGCUUUAUAGAAACAUGAUUACAGGACAAAGGAUCAGGCAAAAACAUUAAACAUACAAAAUACAGAAGAAGACUGGAGAUGUGUGUUUUUGUAGCAUCAGCAGAGCAGAGAUGAUUCUGUAUGCUUGUUUUCAGAUCUAACAGUUUUAUUGUAUUUUUCUGGCCCAUUUCUCCAUUAUUGGCCUUUUUUAACAUGUAAUAGUGCAAGGACUGGGCGAUACAUUGAAUAUUAAUGUAUAAAUUGAAUAAUAAUGUAUAAAUUGAGUUAGGAUUGUAAAUAUUAUGAGAACCUAAAUGUGCCUCAUCCUGUGCUAUUUAAAAAAAUAUGUGCUCCUUUUUUGGUAAAGGAUUUGUAAAAAUCACAGCAGUAUCACAUACUGAAAAUACUGUUAACCUGACCUCUUUUAUAUUAGUAUUCUUCUUUUGCUGAAGAAGUGUCCCUCAGAACACUGUCCCGCAUAUUAGAUAGAUGUGAUAGAUAGAUAGAUACUUUAUUGAUCCCAGAGGGGAAAUUUUGGAAAUCGUUAUAGUGUUUCCCUGCUUCCAACUAAUGUAUUGUGUGAAUUACCAUACUAUGCUUAUAUUAUAUAAAUUACCAUACCCUGCUUAUAUUAUAUGAAUAACCAUACUCUACUAAACCUGAAAAAUCACCCACAGGCUAUGAGCUAGGCUUGCAGAGCAAGCUGGAGUACAGGCUAUGCUAACUGCUAACUGUUAGCAAUUUGUUGCUAACUGCUAGCUGUGUUCAUUUACUAUGGCUAAUGUUACUAUAUGAUAAUUACAACCUCUUUAUUGAGGUAAUACAGGCAUUUUAACGGAGGAAACACAGUAAAAUGUGCAGUAUAGCUCUUAAACUAUUUUUUGCCCAAAAAAUACAGAGAAAUACCAAGAUUUUAGUUUUUUAUAAUUCCAUAUAGACAAGGUUCUCUCGUACAUUCAAUUCAUCACAUUUUAUUCAUCGUAUCGCCCAGUCCUGCAUACAGAUUCAAUAAACUUCCUGAUUGGAGCUUUACACAGACUGAUCACAGAGACUGGACCUGGCCAGUCUAUAUACAGUACUUGGGAUUUGUUCACAGUGUGGAAUUAGGUGAAUUAGUUUAGAUAGCUAUAACUAAUUUACCUACACUGUUGUAUCUAAUGAAAACAAUGUGUCAUCCAAAACCAAAAUGUGUGCUGUUAGUGAAACGCUUGCAUGUGCAUCAGUGUUUUAACGUGAAUGCAGCUUGUGGACCCAUAAGUUUUUGUUUUGUUGUGCUUCUUAGUUUUUUUUUUACUAUGAAACAUCGCUUCUGGCUAUGAACUGGGUGAAGAUACUGGAGUGUGUGUGGGUGUGUGAAUCAUGAAGCACAGUAUUUAGUUUAUGGUAUUGUGCUGAUGUAAGAUUUGGGGCAUUUUUAGUCAUAUGAUUGGUACACAACAGUGUAAUGUCCAGCUGCAUGUGUUUCAGUGCUUAGUGCUCGAGUUGUUAAUAUGUCGUAUUAGCUUUUUCCCCCCAACUUAAGGUACUUUAACUAAAAUGUUAAGACUGUCACCAAGAUCGUGUGUAAGCGAACCAUUGAGCUCCAUGUAUAUGAACCCGAAUCCUUAAAAAAGUGUGACACCACCGUCUGACGCACAAUUGGUAUAAAGGAUAGUCUUGACGUGUAAGCUGCUCUGGAUAAGAGCGUAUUUUAGAUCAAUUAUAAUAUGGAUGUUGUUUUUGAAUGUGCACUGCUUUGUAACAGCAUGCUGAAUCGCUGUAGCCUUACCCAUGAGUUUUACUUUUUGUAGAAAUGUAACUGGAUGUUACGUAGAUUUUGUUCAUGUUUUUAAGAAAUGAAGUUGGAGGACGUCUCCACUGUUGUGGUGAUGUCAAAACAGUGACCUUGCACUGCAGAGAGCAAUUUUUUUCCUGUAUUGUUUAGUCAGCGAGUGUCAGUGGAUGCUCAGAUAUAACAAUAAAAUACUGCAAUACAGCAUUUA